AUCGUGGCGAAAACCAAUAAACUCUAAAAAUGCUUAUAAUAAUAUGUUAUUAUACAAUAUUUAGCAGUCGAGGUAUUCGCGUGCUUCGGUAGCAUCCUCCCUGUAAUGGAUGAGCAGCUGCUGCUGGUUGUCCUGUGCUGUGUGGGGCUGUCUGCGCAAGUACAAUUGCCAGGGUGUCCCCCGCCACCGGCUCAAUGCUCUUACUCGGAAGUCGUGGGGAAUAUGACACACGCGUAUACAGUUAGAGGAAUCAGGCUUGUCGUCUUCGUGCGUCCGGGUACAGAUUUGAGAUAUUAUUGUUUUAACUCGAACUUGACUAUAGACGACCCGUCGCUACCCAAGUUCCGAGAGUUAUCAGUUUACGACAAGGUAAUGGUGAACGACUGCGGUGUUCCGCGAGGGACUUACACCGACGCCGUAAGGAAAUUAAGCAUUACGAGCUUCCAUCAUCUCACACUGUUCUUCGUGACCUGCAGCAACGAUACGGGGCUCUCUGCUCAGCAUUUCGAUGGAAACGAUACAUUUCAUACAUUGCAAAUAGACUGCGAGACGUCCUACACCUCUCUGGAUCUUCGAUUCCUUGACUCACUGCCGGACUUGAAGAAUUUAACUGUUGAGAACGUUAUCAUGCCUCCACUGCCCGCACACAAUAAACUCACAUUCGUUACUAUAAGCACUGGAUCUCCGAGGAGCGUCGGUCAGCCCUGGGGAGGUUGUUCCGAGUUAGAAGAUUUGAUAAUAAUGGACUGGAAAAUUAAUUUUCUUCCCGAUCGAUGGUUAGCAAAUUGCCAAAAACUGAUAACGAUUCAGAUGCUUCGACUGACGGAGUUGUACCGGCUUCCCGCCCAAAUGUUUUCAAGUCCCAGUUUGAGCGCUAUCGUCAUCAGCGAGUGCCACGUGAACUCGUUGCCCGCCGACCUGGCAGCCGGCGCAGUGAAUUUGACAGUUCUAGACGUUUCGAACAACUAUAUCGAGAAAUUAAACCAUUUGUUCGAAGCCGAGCAGAUGUUGCAUCUUCAGUAUCUGGACGUGUCAGUGAACUUGGUGUCGGCGAUGUCGUUGGGCCUGCUGUCUCGGCUGCAGUCCCUGCUCGCGCUGAGGGUGGACGGCGCUGACCAGGCUCACCGGUGCCGAGUAAACUGGUCGCACUAUGGAGAGAUAUUUCCGUGGCCGGUGUUGUCGUCCCUGACCGAGCUCUCACUGCGAUACAGCGACGCCCGCGCGAUCUGUCCGGAGUGGGGGGAGGCCAUGCCCUCGCUACAGCUACUCAACCUCACUCACACACCCAUAACUGCUCUUCAGUACAGCGACAUUGAACUGUUGAGAUACAAAAAUUGGGAAGUAGAUUUGCGCAGGAACACAGACUUAGCCAUUAUGUACAGCAGAGAUGACUUUGAGAAAGUUAUGUUGGACCAGAAUACUACAUCAGCCAAACUUUGGUUAGACACACCAUACUCGUGCAAUUGCAGUUGGUACUGGUUUGCAAGGAUCCUCCAGGAAAAACCACAGUACAUCAAGUUGCCAGAGUUCGAAUGUUUUGUACCCGAAUCGACAGCAACGGUGCCUCUCCAUUACAUGACCUACGAUACCCUCGUAUGCGAGACUUCAUAAUACGAAGCACAUUAAGAUGAUGAACAAUCACAUUGAGAGCUUAAGCCUUCAUGACUUUCCAGAAACACUUGAGACGAUGGACCUCAGGUACAACCGACUGUCCACAGUUGAUGAAGAGGUAUUACAGAAAAUGUUUGGCUCCAGUAAAGUGGAGUACCAUCUAGCGGGGAACCCCAUCCCGUGUCUGUGCAACAACAGCGCCUUCGUCGUCGCUCUGCAGCACCACCAGCACCAGGUUCUCAUUAGUGUCCAUGGACUUACGAGCUUCCGAACUCCAACGUUAAGUGGUUACGGCCCACAAAAACAUGCGAGCUCACGACUCCAGCAAUUUAAUUAAAAACAAUUUUGACGGCUUGAUCAAACUCUUUUAGGAUUUUGUUUAUAGGUCAAGGAUUACCGAGACCUGUCCUGUAUUGGCGGAGGUUCGAUCGACCAGGCCAACAUGC